AUGGUAGUUAUUGCAGGGCAUAGAGGUUACAGGGGUAAAUACCCAGAAAAUACAAUGAUGGCGUUUGAAAAUGCUUAUUCUACAGUCGACAUUAUUGAAACAGAUUUACAAAUGACAGCAGACGGUAUUGUUGUUAUUAAUCAUGAUUCAACCACUGGUAGAAUGUGGAAUAAAAACUAUAACAUCGACAAGACAAAUUAUUCAACAUUGGCUAAUUUACGUUGUAAAGUUGAACCUUUAUCUCAUUUACCAACUUUAGAACUUUUUUUAAAUUGGUUAAUUGAAAAUCCAAAUGUCACUGCCAUUUUAGAUAUUAAAUUUACAAAUGAUAAAUUGAUCCUUUUAAAGACUUACUCUUUAAUGUUAUCUAUUAAAAAUGAUAUCAAAUACUGGCAAACAAGAAUUAUAUUCGGUCUUUGGAUGCCUGAUUGGUUUAAAUAUGGUUAUGAAACUGGGGUUUUGAAAGACUUCAGAGUCAUGGUAAUCACUUUUUCUAUGGAUAUAUUAGAACAAUUUAUGGAUUAUUCGAAAAAAUUGAAUAAUGAUCAUUAUAAAUUAUUUGCUGUCAGUAUUCAUUUCGUAGCUACAUGGACAGAAAGAUAUAGAUACGAACUCCAACCUAUUCUGCAUAAAGAAGAUAUCAAAACAUUUGUUUGGACUAUCAAUAAAGCUUUGGAUUUCCAAAUGACUUCUCAAGUCCCUGGGAUUUAUGGUGUAGUCACUGAUUUCCCAGAAGAAGCUAGAAUUUUAUGUGAGCAAUAUUAUAAACCAGAUGCUCUCACUGAAAAGUUUACCCUACCCAGAUUCAAUACUACUGAGGGAUUCAGAGUUAGAUUUUAUUUAGCUAUUUACAAUUUUUUUGCUGCUUUAGUGAUGUCUAAAUGGGUCCAUUAUCCUAUUUUUGGUUUCUCAUUUGCACAUUUGAUCUUUUUUUUCUUGAGAUACAUCGCAUUCUUAUGA